AUAAACGGGCCCUGCAUGACUUCGCCGGCAGGGGGCGGAAGCGGCACAGAGAAUAGUUUCGUAGACAAGAACAGGAAGUGAGGCGGGUUGUUAGCUGGCUAAGCUAAAUAGAAUCAUCCAAAAUCAUGGGGGUAAAAGUCCAAGUGGAAUACUGUGGAGGAUGAGGAUACGAGCCCCGCUAUCAGGAGCUUGCGCGGGUCGUCAUCGCCGAGUUCCCUGAUGCGGAGGUGUCUGGCUCCGUGGGGAGACAGGGUAGCUUCGAGAUCGAGGUCAAUGGACAGCUGAUCUUCUCGAAGAUGGAAACCGGCGGCUUCCCAUACGAAGAUGAUAUAAUGGAUGCUCUCCAGAAAGCACAGGAGGGAAAGCCAGUGGAAAAGAUCACCAAGAGCCGUCCACCUUGUGUCAUCCUGUAACCAUGGAAGCAGAAGACUGUGCCAUCUCCUUAUUAUGAAUGGCACACUACCCACCCCUGAUUUCCUCCCCUAAAACUAUAUCCCACCAUAAUAUUUACAGUAGUGUAAAGUCAUUUUAUUUUAUUGUGGAUUACUGUAAGUUCAACCAUCUUAUUUGUUCCAUGUGGGUGUGAGGUCUUUAAUGAUUACUUUAGCCAAAAUCUAAGGUUAUGGUAUGAGCAAAACAGCCCUCACACCCCUAUGCCUUACAAUAUAAGUGCAGGAACAGAGGUGGGAGUGGACAUGGUGACCACAUUUUGCAUUGGAAGCUGUGCUAAAUGCAGUUUGUGGUAUGCUUUGCAUAAAUCUGACUGGAUGCUGAGCAGAAACUCAAAGUGUAUGGGGGGAAAAUGUUUUAUGAAACUCCAUCAGUAGUCCAGCUUACUUCAUUGACACCUUUUAAUUGGUCUUUCUUCCUGUUUUAAUGAAGUGUGCAUGUUUGUACUAAAUGUGUUAUGUGCAAUUCCUUGCAUUAUUAGCUAUUCUGUUCUAUAUACAGUAGGUAAACCAGUCAGUCAGGAAGAACAAUGCAGGACCUUUAUAGUUACAGUGACGGAUUUCAAACCCAGCCAUUAAUGGAGGGCAAACACAUUUUUACAGGGAAAAUGUCUCUCUGGAUCUGUAUCUUUUUUUUUCUCUUUUCUUUAACUGCUGUGUAAUGCCAGAAGUAACACUGAAUAGGUAUCCCAAAGUGAGUGUCUGCGUUUUGGUCAAAUGUGAGAUGGAAAAGUCUUGCCAGAUAUAGACAUAGACUUUCCUCUGUGUCAGAAAUUUAAUACAGAUCAUUUAAAUUUCUAGUAAAGUGAUUCUGGUUUUGUUUUUGUUUUUGAAGUUGAACUAUGCUGUCCAGUAGAGGAAAAUAAUUAAAUACUUUAUUCAAUACUUGAA